GUGCCACUGUCUCCCUCUCACACUAAGAUCAAACACUGCCACAGUUCAUGACAGAAACAUUAAGCUGGUGAUUUUACAGAGCACAAUACUGUUGGUCGGAUAGGUUGUCGCUUUUUUUUUUUUUAACUUUUUUUUUUCUAGGGAAAGAACAAAGAAAAUGUCUGAAUACAGCCAAAAUUCAGACCAAGAGGUCUACUCCGAAGACAUCGAUGAAGACGAAAUCUUAGCAAACUUAUCUCCCGAAGAGCUGAGGGAGCUACAGAGCGAAAUGGAAGUCAUGGCUCCGGACCCACAAGUGCCGGUGGGAAUGAUACAGAAAGACCAGACCGAGAAACCUCCAACGGGGAACUUCGACCACAGGUCUCUCGUUGAUUAUUUGUACUGGCAGAAAGCAGCCAAACGUAUACUGGAGGAUGAGAGAGCUUCGGCCACCCUCUUGCCGUCUGAGCGAAACACUGCAGACAAAUUUGAAGAAAAUACUGAUGAUACAGAGGAUAUCACUAAGGAGGAAUUGCCAGGAGAUGCUACAGAAGCAGAUGGAAGAGAAAGAUAUUACAGAAAUGAGCAACUAGGAAAGUCUGAUUCAGCAAAACAAUCAGGAGAAGCAAAUGAAGACCGAAACAAUGAGGAGACAGAACAAGAGGAGGAAGAGGAGGAGGAAGAGGAGGAGGAUGAAGGGGAAGAGGAGGAGGAACAGGAGGAGGAAGAGGAGGAAGAAGAAUCAGGAACAAAAGAGCUACAUGGAGAUGAAAGUAGCAACAGUGAACAGAUGACAGAGAAAAAACCAGGUACAGACUCAGGGGAAAGUUCAGAGAAGCAAGAAGAAAAUGAGAAGAAAAUAUCAAAGUUAAGUCUUCCUAAAAAGUUGGCUAUGGACACUAGCUUCAUUAAGCUAAGUGCAAGGCCUUCAGGGAAUCAAACCAAUUUAGAAGCCAGUUUGGAGAACAUCCGGAAAAACAAUCCAGAUAUCACAGAACUCAACCUGAACAACAUAGAAAACAUCCCAAAGGACAUGCUGAUAGAUUUUGUCAAUGCCAUGAAAAAAAACAAGCACGUCAAAACAUUUAGCUUAGCCAACGUGGGUGCGGACGACACCGUUGCGUUUGCUCUGGCCAACAUGUUGCGUGAAAACCGGAGCAUCACGACCCUAAACAUUGAUUCUAAUUUUCUCACGGGCAAAGGCAUCGUCGCCAUCAUGCGAUGCCUGCAGUUUAACGAGAGGCUGACUGAGCUGCGCUUUCACAACCAGAGGAACAUGCUGGGCCAUCAAGCAGAAAUGGAGAUCGCCAGGCUUUUGAAAGCCAACCCUACCCUGCUGAAGAUAGGCUAUCACUUUGAAGUUCCCGGCCCCAGGAUGGUUGUGACCAACCUGCUCAGCAGAAAUCUUGACAAACAAAGACAAAAAAGACAGGAGGAGCAGAAACAGCAGCAAUUAAAAGAGCAGAGGGAGUUGAUCAGCAUGUUAGAAAAUGGAUUUGGGCUGCCUCCUGGGAUGUGGGAAAUGCUAGGAGGGCCAAUCCCUGAUCCGAGGAUCCAUGAGCCAAUACUCGCCCCCAAACCUCCUGUUCCCCAACCCAUGCCUAUUAGCAAAAGAAAGGAAGAAAGACACACAAGAAAGCCAGCCCCUGAACCACAGACGGAGACGUCCUCCUUCCGAGUGAUUAAGCUGAAGAAGAUCCAGCGCAAACCCUCUGUGAAGCAAUAUGUGGAGCCCCCUGAAAAAACCAAUCUCAAAGAUGUGAUCAAGACGCUUAAACCGGUUCCAAGAAGCAGACCACCUCCUCUGGUGGAAGUAAGUCCGAGAGAUCAGCUAUUAAAUGACAUCCGUCAGAGUAACGUCGCUUAUCUUAAACCGGUGCCCCUGCCAAAGCAGCUCGAGUAAGAGACCAGAAUGACGUGAAGAAAACAACUUGAAAUAAGGACUAUUCAAGUUUUGCCUUUAAUGGUUUCAAAGGAGGUUUUCUUCAGAAGCCAGGUGGUAGAUAACGAACACGUGGGAACAAUGCUUGCAAAGUGCAGUUCGUUUAAGUGAUGAAGGAAGAGGCUGGAAUGGAAACAGUCAGAACUAAGAGGAUUUCCACUGGAUAUGGAGUAACAAUGAGGCCCUCAUACAAUCUCUGUCUGCCAGCUGGACUUUGGCUUCCAGUUUGUUCAUGGGUAUUUUCUUAGAAGCAACAAUAACCUUACAGCCUGUACAGUUUAGCUCUAUUGCUUCUAUGGUAUCUUCUGCUAUUAUUUUUUCCAGAAACCCAGCAGCCUAUAACAAACGGUCCUCUUUUACACAUACAAUUUACUUUCUUUACACUGCUCUUUGCCACGGCUAGUCACAUUUUUUUUUUUUUUAAGUUCUAGAGAAGCGAGGAGAGGUCCUCUCCAUGAGAAAGCACCCUGAAGCAUUCACUUCCACACCAAAUGGCAGCUGUCCUGAGGACAGGUUAUCUGUCAUCUCUGUAGGAAAGCAAGAGCUCAAAAAGCAUGCAAAAACCCAAAGAUCUGAUGGUUUCAAACUCCACCUAUC